AAUCGCCUCGCGUAUCGAAACAGCGCAUUCUCCUUUCAUUUCUCUAACUUCUCGACUCGUCUUACGGUUUAGGAAAUCAACUAAGUUACUAGCAUGCUAAUGCUAACUAGAACGAGAAUUAACAAUGACAUUUGAGUCAUGACAAGCGCUACGAACGGGGUUUCCUUCUUCCAAAUUACAUUUUCAAGUGGUUAACUUGCGAUUUAAGAUUGUAGUUUGUGUAGUUAUUGUGAUAGAAAUGAGCGAACGUACUUUCCUUGGUCUAGAUCUCAGCACACAACAGCUGAAAGCUGCGGUGUGCGACGACGGCCUCCACAUCGCCCACGAGGUGGCCGUCAACUUCGAGACGGACCUGCCCGAAUUCCGCACGCACGCGGGCGCCAUCAUCGACAAGGCGGACAACAGGAACGUGUCGGCGCCGGUGCUGAUGUGGGUGAAAGCGUUGGACAUCCUCAUGGACAGACUGACAUUGGACGGGGUGGAUUUUUCCAAAAUUGCGGCCGUUUCCGGUACGGCUCAGCAACAUGGGUCAGUUUACUGGCAGAAAGGUGCCGAGGAAAGUUUGAAAAAUUUGAAGUCUUCCGAUUUCCUGCAUCAACAAUUGUUGAAUUCCUUUGCUGUUGCCAAUACCCCCAUUUGGAUGGAUUCAAGUACUACCAAGCAAUGUCAACAAUUGGAAAAUGCUGUUGGAGGACCUAUGGAACUCGCAAAAAUCACAGGUUCAAGGGCAUACGAGAGAUUCACAGGAAGCCAAAUUGCAAAAAUGCAUCAAACCAAACCAGACGCUUACAGAACUACAGAGAGGAUAUCGCUGAUCAGUAGCUUCCUAUGCUCGCUAUUCCUAGGUAAAAUAGCCCCGAUCGACUAUUCAGACGGAUCCGGCAUGAAUUUGAUGGACAUUCACACGAAAAAAUGGAAUCAGACGCUGCUCGACGCCUGCGCACCGAACCUUCCGGAAAAACUCGGAGACCCCGUUCCAUCUUACGCUGAAGUUGGUGCUGUAUCGAAAUAUUAUGUGGAAAGAUACAAUUUCAACCCGGACUGUAGAGUCAUAGCAUUCACUGGAGACAAUCCAGCGUCGCUAAUAGGAAUGAAGUUGAAUGAAGGUUGGGUAGCUGUGAGUUUGGGGACAAGCGAUACCGUACUGUUAUGGUUGACAGAACCACUAAUUGUGGUCGAUGGACAUGUCCUGUGCAAUCCUGUCGACAAAGACGCAUACAUGGCAUUGCUUUGUUUCAAAAAUGGCUCCUUGCCAAGAGACAGACUGAAAAAAACGAUCGCCAACGAUUCUUGGGAAAUUUUCAACGAAUUGCUAGAAAGCACUCCCAGAGGAAAUUUCGGAAACAUCGGGCUAUUUUACGAUAUCCAAGAAAUAAUACCUUUUCUUCAAGGCGAAUAUAGAUAUAACAAAGCAGGCAAAGUCUGCAAAUUCACCAGCUUGGAAGUUGAGGUGAGAGCUUUGAUUGAAGGGCAGUGCUUGAGGAACAGGGUGUAUGCAGAGGAUUUCGGAUUCAAAAUCGAUAAAAAUACCAAAAUUCUUGCCACUGGGGGAGCUUCCAAAAAUAAAGCAAUUCUGCAAGUUUUGGCUGAUGUUUUCAACGCUCCUGUAUACGUCCAGGAAGCUGCGAAUUCAGCCAUGUUCGGCUCCGCCUACCAAGCCAAACACGGGCUGAUGUACAAAGACACGAAGACAUACAUAGAAAUCACCUCGACGUUGCCGGAUCCUGAAUUGAUUUGUGUCCCAUACAAAGAUGCAGCCGAAAUUUACGACCCCAUGCUAGCAAGAUACAAGACCAUACUUCAAGAAUUGACCAAAAAUUAGGAUAUUUGAUCUAUGGUGCUUUUGGGCGCUCGUUGAAUGUAGUUUUUGAAAUUUGAAUAGUAAAGUAUUUACUUGAGA